CGGGGCUGUCUCGGGCUCACCGGCGGGAGGUUUGAAGACCCAAGCGCGCUCAGAGGCUCCGGCAGCCGGGCUCCCGCUCCAGGGUGCGGGGCUAGCGCAGGGCCCACGGGUGGGUCCUUCUCCCGGGUCACCGAACGCUGCGUGACGAGGACACGGGCCUUGCCCGGACAAGCGACCGCGGCUCUGACCAGCGCCCCGAAGCCGCGGUGCGGCGGGCUGACUCCUGCCAGGGUGCCGGGAUAGCUUCCCGACCGCCGUGAGGGAUCAAGGCCUUAGCUGUCACGGAGCCUGGAGCUCUCGGAGAGGGAAGGGAGGCCGGAGCCCUGGCGCACACCCCAAGGCUGACGUGCCGAACCCCGGGGCACGGCCUGCGCAUGCGCAUCCCUCUGCCUUCUGCCCGCGCACGCUCGGUUCCGCAGCAACUGGUCGGGUCAUGGAGGCCUCCGGAGGUUCUGAGGGCGCCUUUCUGAAAGAUAUUGUGGCCUACGUUGAAGUAUGGUCUUCCAAAGGGACAGAGAAUUAUUCCAAGACAUUCACAAAGCAACUUGAGGAUAUGGGGGCAAAGGUUUCAAAAACGUUGAACAAGCAAGUGACCCAUGUGAUCUUCAAAGAUGGAUAUCAGAGCACUUGGGACAAAGCCCAGAAGACAGGGGCAAAGCUGGUUUCUGUCCUCUGGGUUGAAAAAUGCAGGAUGGCUGGAGCACGUGUUGAUGAAUCUUUGUUCCCUGCAGUGAAUACUGAUGAACAUUUACCAAACCUAAUUAGAAAAAAACACAAAUGUAUGCAGCCCAAAGAUUUUAUUCAUAAAACACCAGAAAAUGACAAAAGACUUCAAAAGAAAUUUGAAAAAAUGGCUGAAGAGCUUCAAAGGCAAAAGGCAGUCCUAGAUGACAAUGUUCCUGUCCUCCUGUUUGAGUCCCUGCCCUCACUGGUCUACAGCUCCCCAGUGAAUAUGAUGAAGAGGAGACUGCAAGAGAUGAAGGAGAAGAGGGAAAACCUUUCCCCUACCUCCUCCCAGAUAUUGGAGCAGUCUCAGCAGAAUCCGUGUGUCAGUCUAUUUGAAACAUCCUUGAACAGUUCUCACCAACCUUUGAGUUCAGAUGAAUCCUUUGCCAGUGUUUCCCACUUAUCCUUUGAUAGUCCCUGUGGAGAUCAAGAAAGGAAACUGGGAAGAUCUGCUAAUGACAUGGCCAGGAUGACCUGCCCUUCCUCACCUGUGCUGAAGGCAAGCAGUUCCACAUCACCCAAGCCCCUCAGGCAACCAAGUCCACAGAAAGCUCCAGACAGUCCUUCAGAGGAGAGUGUCAACUUGCAGAAAGAUGGUCUAGGUACAGUAGCUGAUUCCGAGAGAAAGCAAGCUGCAGGUGUAUCUCAGGGGAUGCUUGGUGAGAAGCACUGUCUGUCUCCUACGGAGUCUAUCCUAGAAGAACACAUAGUACAUUUGGCACCCAAGAGUUCUUUAGCAAAGAGAAAAAGGGCAUUGGACUCGGGUUCACCUCCAAAAGGAAAACUGAAGAAGAGAUGCAAGAAAAAGUCUGCUUUGGCAGUACAGUUAUUCAAGUCUGGCCACAGCCUGCAGUCCACAACUAGACUCAUCCCAGGAACUCCUGACGUUGAGGCUUCCUCGUAUGAGGACUACUUUUCUCCUGAUAAUCUCAAGGAGAGGAAUUCAGAGAGAUCUCCUUCCGAGGUUCAGCCACCAGCAAGCCCUUCUGUGUUCCACUGCAGAGGUCUCUCAAAAUGGGAGCGAACAAACAUGCUGGAAAUGUGUGAUUUUACCUGCAUUGGUAAAGAGCACAGAUCCACCAGCAUUAGUGACUUAAUUUCAAAAAGUGCUUAUAGUCUUGAGAAGCCUGACAAGGAGGAAGUGAAUUCAGCUUCCACUUGCUUGCCUUUGGUGGAGACCUCUGCUAACGACAGCCCAAGGCAUUGCAGGCAGCCUGGCCCUCAGUUGAGGGAAGACACAGGCCCAGAGGGGAGCAGCCACACCGACGACACCUUGUGUAGUCCUGCUCACCUCAUCACACCCUUGAAAGGAAGUGGUAAGGAAACCAGAGACCCAGGUGAUGGAAAAGACUCCCCCAAAGAAGGUAGCACCCGUCCUGCAUCAGCCUCUCCUGAAGAAGAAGCACACAGCUGUAAUCUCAGUUUGGGAGAGGAUUGUAAUGUGCAAAAAUCUGUAGAAGAGAAGGAGAACAUAGCCACAGGAAGUACUGAAAGUGUUAAAAAUGGACCAUGGAGGCCAGAUCCUUCAGACAGCUCUUGCACAGAACUUGUCAGACCUCAAGAGAAACCAAAGAAAUAUAAGCAAGAAGAAAAGCCAACGAGAACAUUAGUCAUGACAAGCAUGCCAUCUGAGAAGCAGGACCUCAUCAUGCAGGUGGUGAGCACGCUGAAAGGCUUUUCCUUCGUGCAUGAGGUCUGCGAGACCACCACGCACGUGCUGGUGGGGAAGUCGGUCCGUACCCUGAACGUGCUGAUGGGGAUUGCUCGAGGCUGCUGGAUUCUCUCUUACGAAUGGGUACUGUUGUCUUUAGAGUUGGGCCACUGGAUUUCCGAGGAGCCUUUUGAACUCUCCGAAACCUUCCCUGCAGCUCCGAAUUUGGAACAGCCACCUCUAGUGAGGACUUCUACAGCCACCAAGUGCUGGCAGAUGAAGACAGACCUGAUGGAGGCGGUUCCCAAGCAGAGAUCUGCCGACUUGAACGCCAUUUAUGUACCCAGCAAUACCAAGGAAGCCUCUUUGCCAAUCAGCCAAAGAUGUUCAUCGCACCAGCCAGCAGCCCUCCCAGAGCCAAGCUGUGUGAACUGGUACUCCUGUGUGGUGGCAAAGUCAGCCCAGCCCCUCAGCUGGCCAGCCUCAUCAUUGGGCCCUACAAGGGCAAGAAGGAAGCAAGGAUCCAGUACCUGUCGGAGAAAUGGGUCUUAGAUUCCAUCACCCAACACAAGGUCUGUGACUUUAACAACUACCAACUGACACAAUGAGACUGAGACAUCUAUGGUUGCUGUCUUCAACACCCAAGAAUAACAACUCUGGAGAGAAGGAACCAGCAUAGACCUUAAGGCUUGAUGUCACAUCUUACUUUAUAUGCUGUGGUUUUUAUCUUGGAGUGCGUGUGUUUGUGUGUGUAUGUGUUGCUAGAGAUGAAAUCCAAGGCUUGCUAAGUAAGCUCUACUGUUGAACUACAUGGCCAGCUUUUAUCUUUAAAACUCUUUUUAUGUAACUUAUUCAUGACUCAUUGUAUUUCAGAGAAGGCUUAGCCAACACCAGUUGGGUUCUUUAUACAGUACUAGUAAUGAUCAUGAUGAAAAGGUCAUAGAUCCUUUGUCUUCAAGAUACUUGUUCCCAAUUAUAGAAUGGAAAUUGAUUUAAAUUGCUUUAGUCCUAAACAAUCAAACAGCUCCCUAAACUCUAAAUGCUGAGAUUUUUUAUUAGAGCAUUGUGUCUAGAUAGGAAAGACGAUCAUGGAUUAUUAAGAUUACAUUUAUGUCCCUAGAGAAGCUUCUCAGAACAAUUUAGGAAGACAGGUAUGAACAUUUUGUAUACUGACACUAUCUGCCUUCUGAAUGGCUACCAUUCAGCCUCUCCUGACUGCCCUAAGGUUUCCUAAGGAAAGUCAGCUACUGGGGUAGAGUUCUGUCAAAGGUGUUCAGCCCAUGGCCCAUGUGUCAAACUUGUUCAACGGUGCCUAUGAAUUUAGCUGAUAUAAAAUUAAAAUUAUAUUUAAAAGUA